UGAGAAGAGUCUGGCUAUCGUGAUCGGUCUGGAUGGGAAACAUCAUUUUGUUUUGUUUUCGUGUUGUUAACCUCGGCCAUUUUGUGCAUUCCAUCCUUCCUGAUUCUCGUUAUUAAUUUAAGUGGUGUUUCAAUAAUCUAACUAAUUCUGACUCAGUGGUUUCGCGAUAAGAAAAUUUCAGUUUUCCUUCUUUCUGAAAGUUUAAUUUGGAGGAUUGAGUGUUACUAGCUGUAUCAACUCCUUCCGUGAUCAUUCAAAAUGGGGUCUCGUCCGGAAUACGAUGAAGCGAAAAUCCCUGCUGACUUCGGGUGUUUGUUCAUUACCAAUCUUGUAGAUGAUGAAGAUCGCACAAGAGAAGUUUUCCGUGAGAAGGCCCAGGUGGAGAUCGCUGAGAUUCGACUACUGAAACAGAAAGAAGACCAAACAACACGGGCUGGUAUCAUUGACGUGGGAUCAAAAGAAAAUGCCAAGAAAGUCAUGCGAACAAUGGCUGGCAGGGAUCUUUUUGAGGAGGGAAAGAAAGUGCGCGUCAAUUGGGAUGGUCGCAGUAUGCAAAAACGCGGUUUCAAUGCCGAGAAGGAAUCCGGCGGUGACGGCGGUGGCGGUGGCUUCGGUUUCAGCUUCGGCGGCUUUGGCGGUUCGGCGGGAAACGGCGCCGGUAGCAGUUCAUUCCAGAGCGGUGGCCCACGUAACUUCGAUAACACGGGAUCAUCGUUUGCUAACGGCGGCGCUAGUGAUGUCAACGUUUCAUUUUCCCACUGCGGACGUGUGCUUGUUCCGCUUCGAGACACAAAGAACACGGUUGUUGGAUAUAUUUGGGAAGAAGCGACUGGGAAUUCGACGCUUCCCAGGUCUUCAGCGGCUAAUGAACAAAGCGCUGCCGCCCCUGCAGCCAGUAGCACUGGUUUUGGAAGAGGAUUUGGUGCCAAACGUGACGAACCGGUCGCAGAGAAAGCUGCUCCUGUUGGCGGUGAAGAAGAUGGGAAAUCGCAUGAGCCGGCUCGUGGUUUUGGUCGAGGUUUUGGUGCCAAGCGUGACGAACCGGCUACAGAGAAGCCGGCUCCUGCCAGUGAGGAAGAAGGAAAACCCUAUUUCCGUCGCCGGGAUGUCAACAAAUCGAAGAGUUCCAUCAACGUCAUCGAAGACCAAGAUAAAGAUAUUAUGCCUGAAAUCCAAGAUGUACCGCAGCGAACAUCCCGGCGCAGAAUUCUCGAUGCGUCAGUGAGCGUGUCGGACGCACAGCGCGGAAAAGACGAGAAGGAAAGCGACGCUCCCCGUCGUCGACAUGCACCAAUUGAAGCGCCAAAGGAAGGUGAGGAGCCGGUCAAGCCAGUCAUGGCAAUGGGUCGUAUGCGAGCACGCUCGGCGCGUAUCGGCCAGGACAGCACGGAUCUGGAUGCUUUUCCAGGAACAAGCUUGACUGUGGGUGAAGAAGUUGUGUUGACGUUGGCAUCUGUGCUCCCCGACUGCCGCGUGGGCUUCUUCCUGCCUCAAAAAGACAAAGCACUUACUGGGGACGAUUCCGUCAACAAAAUUGGCGGUCUUUUGAAGAAUUUCUAUGAUGGAAAAGCGGAAUCACGUGGUUUCGAAGAGAACAAGCCGGUGGCGGUCAAGGAUGAUAAAAGUAACCAGUGGUAUCGUGGGAAAUGUUUAACUAAAGGGAGCCCCAACUCGUUAAUUUUACUCGUGGAUGUGGGCGAAGAACUUUCCUUGCCAAACACAACUAUCCAGCCACUGGACAAGCAAUUUGGGGAUCCUUGCCUGGCUGUUGUCGCCACGUUGGAGGACGUGCCGAAGAACAUGAAAUCGACCGAUCUGGAAAAAGCGCUCACCAAUUACGAAGAUUCUCAUCAAAGUGGUUUCAAGGUCGUCGUGCGACAGACUGAUCCGCUGGUGGUGGCGAUGGCGGAAAAGAAUGGCCUGUUCGGCGGCGAGGCCAGCGGGAAGAAGAUUGCCGGCAACGUACAGACCGGUGCCUCUAUCGGCAAUGUUUUGUUUGUUGACUCUGGAACGGGGCAGUUCUUCCUGGUAGAUGAUUCCAAUUUGGCGAAACUUGAUGAAAUCCAGAGCCUUGUGAAAGAAGAUGCCGAGAAGAAUCUGCGAGGUGCGCUGCAAGUUAACGAAAUGAAUGCAGUGCUGUUCGACGAUGACAACGUGUUCUAUCGCGGAAUUUUGACGUCAAAGACUGCGAAAGGCUUCGAAGUGGAUUUCUUCGAUUAUGGCAACAUGGUGGAACAGUCUGCUGAUAAGAUACGCGGAUUAAGCUCAUCAGUGGCUAACAUGGGCACGCCGACUUUGGGAUGCUUUGUGGCUAAUGUGCCAACGAAGGAUCAAAAAAAUCCGGCCCUGAUUGCCCAGCUGAACGCCCUUCUCUCGAAGUCAGUUCCGUACGAAGUCAAGUAUGAGAAGGACGGACUUGAAUACGUCUUCUUGUGGGAUGCUGAGGGCAAGUUGGUUGGUGAAGAAUUCAUGGACAAGACUGUGGUGCAGAAUGGACUGCCGAGCUUCCUGGCCAAAGAUAUGACAUACUAUGUGGAUUUAAAGAAAGGUGACAAAAUUCCAGUCGCGGUCAGCCAUGUUGCGGAUCCGGAGUUCGUGUUCCUCAAUACGACCCAAUUCAACAUUGAUACAGUGUUAAGCAAACUGCAAGUCCGUCUUCAGGAAGAGGGUGACAAGCUGCCGAAGCUUGCAGAGAUGCCACCGACGGGAUCCGUUGUUGUUGCGAAAUUUAGUCUAGAUAAUCAGUGGUAUCGCGCUGCCAUUGAGAAAGAAGGAACGGCAAAGAAACGACUGGUUACUUAUGUUGAUUACGGCAACACCGAAGAAGUGGAGUUGGAAGAUAUGCGCGAGAUCACCAAGGAGCUUUUCGAAGUGCCACGGGCCGCAUUUCAAGUUGGCCUGAACGGGAUUGCACCCGUGGGAAAGGAGUACUCGCGCGCGGUUAACGAUAAGGCGAUGGAGCUGCUGGCGAGCAAACUUGGCCAGUUGACUGUUACCGGCGUGGACAAGAAAUACGGUGUCUUUGAGGGCGACCUGGUGUUGGAUGAAGGCAAUCAGUCAGCGGUAGAUUUGUUGGUUGCCAACAAAUGCGGUGCCAAGAAAUAAGUUGAUGGUGCGCAUUGUUAACGCGUUUCGCUUUAUAACGGCAUUGUACAGUUUUGUAAUUCUGUUAUGUUUUUGUGGAUUUUCUUAAUGACAAUGGUUGAGUUAUUGGUAUACGCAUUUUAUUGUUUGUGUAUUCAUUGUUGACUUUGUUGGCGGAAUGGGUAGCUGUUUUCUCCUGCAGCAUUAUUUGAUUUUUGGAAAUUUUGUACUUUGACGGAACUACUCGAGAUUUUUUGUUAAUACUGGUUGAUACAGAAAGCGUAAAUCACGAGUACAUUUAGUGGCUAUUCACCAGUCGAAUUAAAGUUGCAGAUUGAAA